GGACCGAUUGAUUCACAUCCAAGUUUGACCUUCAUCAUGGCUGUUUGGAAAUUGUUGACAGUGCUUCUGUUGGCAGGGUUCGCCCUUGCCGAGGAGAGUGAUGUCCUUGAUUUGACCGACGACACAUUCGACUCUGCGUUGAAAGACACGGAUUUGGCACUUGUUGAGUUUUUCGCACCAUGGUGUGGUCACUGUAAGAGAUUGGCACCUGAAUACGAGAGAGCUGCCACCAGACUGAAGGCUAACGACCCCCCAGUAACACUCAUCAAGGUCGACUGUAUUGAAAACACCAAAGUCUGCGGCAAACAUGGUGUCAAUGGUUACCCAACUCUGAAGAUUGCCCGCAAUGGCAAGAUCGCCGGAGACUACAGCGGUCCCCGGGAAGAGAAUGGCAUUGUCAGUUAUAUGCAGAAGCAAGUUGGACCCAGCUCAGUUGAGCUGAAGGACCAGGCUGCUUUCGACAAAUUCACCAAGAAUGCCGAGGCAUCUGUUGUUGGCUUCUUUGCUCGUGACGAUGACUUGAAAUCCAAAUUCUUGGCCGUUGCCGACACUCUUCGCGAGAGCUUCCGCUUUGCUCACACUAACGACAAGGACCUGCUGAACACUCGCGGCAGAAGCGAGGUUGUCAUCUUCUUGCCACCCAAGCUUCACUCUAAGUUGGAGGAGUCCUCAAUCACUUUCAAGGGAAAGCCAUCUGGUCUGGAGUCGUUCAUCAAGGAGAACUUCAAUGGCCUUGUUGGCAUCUACAACUCCGACACUCAGGCAUUCUUCACCCGCCGUCCUCUCAUCGUUGCUUACUUUGACUUGGACUACGUCAAGAACCCUAAGGGAUCCAACUACUGGCGCAACCGUGUCUUGAAGGUUGCCAAGGAUUUCAAGAACCAGGCUUACUUUGCUGUUGCAUCCAAGGCUGAGCAGCGUGCUGCCCUGGAAGAGGUUGGCCUCGGCUCAGCCACUGGUGAUGUUCUUGUUGCUGCCCGUGGUGAGAAGGAGGAGAAGUUCCCCAUGUCCGGCAAGUUCAGCGUGGACAACCUGCGUGCCUUCGUCCAGAAGGUUGUCGAUGGUGAGCUGGAGGCUUACCUGAAGUCUGAGGAUGUACCGGAGACCCAGGGAGCCGUCAAGGUUGUUGUUGCAAAGAAUUUUGAUGAGCUGGUGAAUGACGCGGAGAAGGAUGUCCUGAUUGAGUUCUAUGCACCGUGGUGUGGCCACUGCAAGAGUCUUGAACCCAAGUACAAGGAGUUGGCAGAGCGUCUUGAGGACAGCGAGGGCUUGGUCAUUGCCAAGAUGGACGCCACUGCUAAUGAUGUGCCACCUACUUACAGUGUCUCUGGAUUCCCAACUAUCUUCUUCAGAAAGGCUGGUGCCGGCGCUCCUGUCAAGUAUGAGGGUGGUCGCGAGGUUUCUGACUUUGUCUCCUACCUGAAGAAGAACGCCCGUAACCCUGUUGUCGAUGGACAGAAGAAGAGCAAGAAGUCGAAGAAGAGCAAGAAGGGCAAGGAGGAGCUGUAAAUGCACACUGCUCCCUUACCCUUUCUUUCUUCUAGGAUGGUGUAGUACCAGGUUUUUUUCAUUCCUGCGCAGACGCCAGCAGCAAUGCUCCUACAUAUAAUACUCGUCCAGAGCUGCUGCUGUUGCUUCUGCUCUGAUCAAUGUUGAGUAUUAUUAGUGCAGCAGUGUUCAGUGUUUUAUUUACUCAACACUGCUGCUGCUGCUGCUGCUGCUGUAUUGCCUUUUCUCUAGCUGGUGUGAUGGCAACUGCGCUUGCCACCAAGUGCUGCUGCUGCUGCCUACACUCACUCCUAUUUGCUCCAGCUCUAUCUUGGUUGACAACUCGUAUUAUACAUCAUUUGAGCUACUUUGCGCUGAGAUUUGCGUUUGCUGUUUUUUUCCUACCUCUUGCAUUUACUAAAACUAUCUUCCUAACAACA